AUGUCUUGGUUUUACAUCCUUGGUUGGUUUCCAAGCGUUGUUGCAGUCUUUGGAAAUGCCCUGGUUGUGUUUUUAAUUGUUUCCCGGCCGCGACUACACACACGGCCUAACUGGUUUAUCACGUCCCUGGCUUUGGCUGACUUUGCCGUUGGUUUCAUCUAUUUUCCCACAAAUUUUUUGUGUGGUGAACGUUCCCUUUGCAAUAACGAAAUAGCUCAAGAUAUAGCUGUGCUGGCGAUUUUUUCAUCAGUAACGAAUUUAUGCGCUAUGACAACUGACCGUUACAUAGCUAUCAUGGAACCUUUGAGGUACGUAGCAUGGAUGACUACUCAUCGAGCCACAAUCAUUAUAGCUCUUGCGUGGCUCAUACCAUUAAUUCUCGACUACAUUCCAGCUUUAUGCACCCGCCUGGGAAAGUGCAACUUAGAAAGCAAAGCUCUCGUAUCGACCAAGAUGAUUUUCUUCGAGAUUCUUCCCUGUCUGUUCUUGCUUAUAACUACGACACAAAUCAUAAUAACUGCAAGAAGACAUUGGCGUAAAAAUGCUCUUCUCAACUCCCAGUUACAAUAUAAUGAGCCUAAUCGCCAAAGAACGAAAGACUAUGCCGCAGCUAAAGUAAUCGUUAUUGUAGUUGUGAUUUUUCUUGCCUGCUACUCCGUUGAACUGUACAGUGUUGUUGGUUUUCUAGUUUUUUCGUCUCCUCCAUCAAAAGAAGUUGUGGAAGUUAUUAGUUUCCUUAUACCAGUAAAUUCUGCUGCAAAUCCGAUCGCGUACGCUCUCUUCAAACGAGACAUUCGAAAAGAACUCAAGAAAACAUACAGGAAACAUCUAGUCCAAAGACCUCGUUUCAGUGCAAGUACAGCUGUUUGA